CCUCAUGCAUUCCCAUACAUCCAUAUACAAUAGCUAGGAAGUUUCAUAAACGUUCCUUCUUUCGAAAAACCAAUGGCUUUCAAGAACUUGUCCGCUCUUACUCUCUGUGUUUCCCUUGUACUACCCUUCUUGACACCGAUUUCCAUAGCGGCUAAUAACCGUGCAGUGGUUCCACCAGAAACCAUUUGCAACUCCACCGUAAAUCCUUCCUUCUGCAAAACUGUGCUUGUUAAUCAAAAUGGCAGCAUCGUUGACUAUGGUCGAAUUUCUGUGCGAAAGUCCUUGUCCCAGUCCCGAAAAUUCUUGAACUCGGUAAAUUCAUUUCUUCAAGGCAAAUCCACUUUGUCUCUACCCACAAUUCGAGCCCUUGAAGACUGUCAAUUCCUUGCUGAACUAAACUUCGAAUACUUAUCAAACGCACUUGAUGCUGUUGAUAAAGUUAGCAAUGUUCUUCCCACCAAUCAAGCCGAAGAUCAACAAACCCUUCUUAGUGCUGUUUUGACAAACGAAGAAACUUGUUUAGAAGGCUUGCAGCAGACCACAACUUCUGAUCAAAGAGUGAAGAGUGAUCUUAUCUCAUCACUCUCUAAUGACAAAAAGCUCCACAGUGUUUCUCUUGGCUUGUUCACCAAGGGUUGGGUGCCUGAGAAGAAAAUCUCAACAUCAUGGAAAACCAAUGGGAGACAUUUGGGUUUCCGCAAUGGUCGUUUACCAUUGAAGAUGUCAAACCGUGUACGUGCCAUUUAUGAUUCUGCUAGAGGUCACGGGAGAAAACUACUUCAAGAUAACAGCCAAAGUGUGUUGGUUAGGGACAUUGUGGUUGUUAGCCAGGAUGGAAGCGGAAACUUCACCACUAUCAAUGAUGCCAUAGCAGCUGCGCCAAAUAACACAGUUGCUAGUGAUGGCUACUUUUUAAUUUUUGUCACUCAAGGUGUGUAUCAAGAAUAUAUAUCCAUAGCUAAAAACAAAAAGAACUUGAUGAUGGUUGGAGAUGGGAUCAAUCAAACGAUUAUCACCGGUGAUCACAAUGUUGUCGAUAAUUUCACAACAUUCAACUCAGCAACAUUUGCUGUGGUCGCACAAGGGUUUGUAGCAGUUAACAUAACAUUCCGAAACACUGCUGGGCCAAGUAAGCACCAAGCAGUUGCAGUGAGAAACGGAGCUGAUAUGUCCACCUUCUACAGCUGCAGCUUUGAAGGGUAUCAAGACACCUUGUACACGCAUUCCCUUAGACAAUUUUACCGUGAAUGUGACAUCUACGGCACCGUUGACUUCAUAUUUGGAAAUGCUGCUGUUGUUCUCCAAACAUGUAACCUAUAUCCCCGCCUUCCCAUGAGUGGACAAUUCAAUGCCAUCACAGCACAAGGCAGAACAGACCCAAAUCAAAACACAGGCACUUCCAUACAUAAUGCCACUAUAAAACCUGCUGCUGAUUUGGCUCCUUCAGUUGGCAUUGUGAAAACGUACCUUGGGAGACCAUGGAAAGAGUACUCAAGAACGGUUUAUAUGCAGUCUUUCAUGGACAGUUUCAUAAAUCCUUCUGGUUGGCGUGAAUGGAGUGGAGAUUUUGCCCUAAGCACCUUGUACUAUGCAGAAUAUAAUAAUACGGGACCUGGUUCAAACACCACAAACAGAGUGACGUGGCCUGGUUAUCAUGUUAUCAAUGCUACUGAUGCGGCUAAUUUUACCGUGUCUAACUUCUUGGACGGAGAUAAUUGGCUGCCUCAAACUGGAGUUCCAUACAUUAGUGGAUUGAUAUAGUCAAAAGUUACAAGCUAGCUGGUUACGUAUAAUAUGAGCAAAGUUGCUUAACAAUUCUUUUAAUGCUGGUGCACGUGGUUCUCUAUUGUAAUUUAUUAUAAAUGAUUAAAUGCACUGCCACUCUAUAUUGUAAGAUUGUAAUUGACUCUUUAUGAAUAAUAUUUACACGAAUUAAAUCUA